ACCAAUUUAAUAUAUAUAUAUAUAUAUUCCCAUGAUGAUAAUAACCUAUAUUUUUUAAAAAGGCUAAGGGCUUUUUUUUUUUAAAGGAAAGAUGCCGGUAGGAAGUUAGGAGAGGAGAAGAACCGAACCCCAGACGCCUCUGAGGGGAUUUUUGAAACCAUCUGUUCCCAUGUAUCAAGAUGUCCCUGGUGGACCUGGGGAAGAGGCUGCUGGAAGCGGCUCGCAAAGGCCAAGAUGACGAAGUCAGGACGUUGAUGGCAAACGGGGCGCCUUUCACUACGGACUGGCUGGGAACAUCCCCUCUUCAUCUGGCAGCUCAGCAUGGCCACUAUUCCACGGCGGAAGUCCUGCUCCGAGCGGGAGUGAGCAGAGACGCACGGACCAAGGUGGACAGGACGCCGCUGCACAUGGCGGCCGCUGACGGGCACUCGCACAUCGUGGAGCUCCUCAUCAGGAACGGUGCCGACGUGAACGCCAAGGACAUGCUGAAGAUGACGGCGUUGCACUGGGCGACGGAGCACAACCACCGCGACGUCGUUGAGCUGCUCGUCAAGUACGGGGCCAACGUGCACGCCUUCAGCAAGUUUGACAAGUCUGCCUUUGACAUCGCGCUGGACAAGAACAACCCAGAGACCUUGUUGAUACUUCAGGAAGCAAUGCAAAACCAGGUCAACACCAACCCCGAGAGAGUGAACCCGGUCCCAGGCUCCGUCACCGUGGGCCAGCCGUUUAUUUUGGCUUCAGGAGACAUGAUGAGUCUGGCCAGCAUCGUCUCCUCGGCAGGCACCAAAACAACCUCAGGCGAUUCCCACAUUUCCACGGUGCAGUUUCCAAACUCAACAACCUCAGUCCUUGCCACGCUGGCAGCCAUCGCAGAAGCCUCCGGCCCGCUUUCCAACUCAAACAGAGCUCCCGCAUCUGAGGAAACAGUGGACUCCAGCUCUGCCAGUUCCCCCCUCCAGCACGUGGUCGGUGGCGGGGGCCGGCGGAUUAUCACGAUCAUGACCGACGGCGUCCAUCUGGGCAACCUCCAGGCGGCCCUUCCCAGCGGGGCCCUCGGCCAGCCCUUCAUCGUGACGAUGCAGAAUGGGCAGCAAGUCCUCACAGUGCCUGCUGGUCAGGUCGCAGAAGAAACCGUCAUCGAGGAGCAAAGUGACAGCGAUCACCACAUAGUAGAGGAGGAGGAGGAGGAGCCCCCUGCCAAGAAGAUCAAGGUGGAGGAAGUUGCAGAUGACCUGGAAGAAAGCAAGGAGAGGGAGAUUUUGCAGCAGCAACUGCAGGAAGCCAACCGCCGCGCUCAGGAGUACCGCAGCCGGCUGAUGAAGAAGGAGCUGGAGGCGGAGGGGUACCGGCAGAAGCUGGAAGCCAUGGACAGGCAACAGGCCAACGGGACGGAAGGGGUCGCGGAGGACGACGGCGAAGGCCAGGCGGUCAGCUCUGCCGCCGUGUCGGAAGAGGAGGCCGUCAGCUCCACGGUGGACCUGGAACUCCCGACCGACGUCGCGGUGGAGACGGUCAGCACCUCGUAACCCUUCAGGUCGCCCUUUCGCUUACUUUCUUAAAAUAGGAAAAUCAAAAGGAUUAACACUUCCCUGGGAAAAAGGGGAGAGAAGGAAGCCACACCCCUCCCUCCAAAGAAACUCUGGACAAAAGUCCUUUGGUGGGGGACAGUUCACAGUCAACCCCCCCUACCCCCUCUCCUGUCCUCGCUUUCCCCCCCUUUCAGAACAGGGCUUUAAACACACACAGCCAUAAAAUAAAUGCCUUUUUUUUUAUAAUCUCCCUAGACGUUCAGAGAGAGAUAUUUUUGUUACCGGAAGCCCUUUUUAUAAGCCGCCAGCAAGUGACCUAAAGCACCGAACCAAACCUGGCCCUUUUUAUGAGGGCGAGGCAGCCUUAUUGUCAGGGUGCCAGCCCUCUCUGGAACGGGGUGGGAAUGCUGAUGUAUGCAGCCCAGUUUCUCGGGGGGCCGGAGGCAGAAAACAGGAGCAGAUCCACAGGACGUUCCCUCCCCCCCCCCACCAAAUGGCCCCAGUUGCUGAAGGACCCUGCAUGCAAAUUGACAGGAGGCACUCACUUUCCUGUUUCCUGAGGCCUUGACAAUAGCCGGUGCGACAAAGGCAAGCUCGCCUCUUAGAAACACUGGAAGCGGCUUGUAUCGAAAGCAUUGCCCUUGGUGCUGAGCCUAUGAGCUGCCCUCUCUGUACCUCCUGGGGGCCGAGGGGGAGGGUUUUAUUAGCUCUGGGGGUUCCCUUGAAUUCCAGUCGCUCCUCUCGCUUAUCUGGCUGGAGGGGCAUGUGUGUGUGAGAGAGAGAGAGACUGUACAAACCAGCCUUAUUAGAUUACAAAAGGUAGAAAUCCACGCCCGUUGCUCCACCCACUAUCUCCUCUGGCCCUGCGCACCUCUGCCAGGUGGCCCCUGGAAGAUGGGGAUGCGGCCCCUGGGCUGCAGAAGCUUCCCUGGCCCCGGCAUAAGCCUGCCUGCCUGUGCCUUGUGAGAUGUGCAUAUUUACCUCUGGCUCAGGGAUGGAGGGAUGUCUGCAGCCCUUCCGGAUGCUCCCAGGCCGCAAGCCGCACCCUCCUUGUCCUCCUUUAAUCCCCAUCCUAUUCUGACUGGGGCUGGUGGGACUUGGGGUCAACCUGUGGAAGGCUGCAGGUGUCGUCUCUCCCCUGUUUCUGUCCCCCAGGCUUGCUCUUCGCUCUGUGCAGGCCUUUGGGAUAUUCAGCUUUCAGAAGGACCCCAAAGACUCUCGCCCUUGUCUGUCUCCCUUCACCCUCGCGCCCUCAGCCUUCAGUUCUACCCAGAAUGCAACACAUUCCGUAUUUUUCCAUCUAUAAGACGUCCCCCUAUUUUGGGGGGGCUCAAAUUUAAGAAAAUGGGGAGAGAGAGAUGGCCCCUAUCUAAGAUGCCCCCCCCAAUUUUUGACAUUUUUCAGGGGGUAAACCUAGUCUUAUAAACGGAAAAAUAUGGUAACUCUUAACAGCUAGGCCAAUAUUUUAUAGGAAAGGAAAGAGCCGCCCCAUUGCAAGGAAUCUCGCAAACCUAGCGUGUGUGGGGCUUUCGAAUCUAUUCCCUUUGGACUGCGAAGCCACUGUGAGGCUGAAGCAGGCUUAAUUUCAAAAGGUGCAUUUAUUUAUAUUUGCCAUAGCUCUCUAUAUUUUUAAUAUAUAUAUAUAUUGUAUGUAUAUAACUGAUUGCAGUCCAGUUCCCAGGGUUUUCUUCGUGCCUGUGAGGACUAGAACCACAUUUUUAAAAAAUGAAGCAACCCCAAAAACUGUAUUCAGGUUUACACCCGUCUAUCUGCUCUGCUGUGUGUUGCACUCGAUGCCUUAGGGACCGGAUGGGGAAGCCCCCAUUGCUAUCCCUGAUGGUUGGCCACACAGGAUGCUGGGAGUUGAAGCCCAACAUUGUAGGGAGGGCCUACCCCACCCCCCGGCUAUUAUAAAAUAAAAGUAGGAACUGUAGGGGAACCAGUUAGCCUCUGAUAACAACCCUUGAUGUCGCUCACGUCUCUCUGGUUCUGGGGCGUGUGUGUCCAAGGGUGGGUUGAAAGGCAGCCAGCAACUGCACACGUGUAGGAACAUAAGAAGACCUUUGCAGGAUCAGGCCAGCGGGAGCCCGCCUGGCCCAAGCACCCUGCUCUCACAGUGGCCAAAGGCCCCAAGGAACCGAAGGACCUAGAUAGACUGUCUCUGGGUCUGGAGGUCCCGUAAGAACGUGCGGAGAGCCCUGCUGUGCAGGAUCAGGCUGAAGGGGACCCAUCUUGCCCAGCACCCUGUUCUCACUGUGGCCGACCAGAUGCCCCAGAUGCGAGCGGGGCUCGAGCAUGACGGCAGCCACACACUCCCCGCUUGUGAUCCUUGCGGGGCCUUUGUUCCUUCGAAAGGACAAUGGGCGAGGCUGAUGGUCAGCAGCUGAAGUUCCUCAUUACCCAGAACAGAGGUCGCCAACGUGGACGGGGUUUUGCAGCUCUCAGCAUCCCUGAUGGUUGGCUGUGCCGACGGGGGAUGAUGGAAGUCCCAGCACCCUCUGCAGGGGCACCUGAGCAGCUGCUCAGACUUUAGAAAUUGAAGAAGCGAGGGCCCUGGCAGAGCAUCAGAGCGGCUGCCUUGCGUGCAGAAGGUCCCUGGCUCAGGUCCCUGAGGCACCCCCCUCUCUGCCUGAAAGCCCAGAGAGCUGCUGCCGGUCAGUGCAGACAGCACUGCCCUUUGCGGACCAACGAUCUGCAUAAAUCAGCUUUCCACAUUCCUAAGAUUUUCAGGGAUAGCUUAUAAAAGCAAAUGUCGGGCACGUCAGCAACUGAGAACCGACGAUUUUGGCGGGGCAGGUUAAGCACACUUUCUUGCAGGGUUGUUGUUUAAACAUUCCUAAGAGUUGUCCACUGAGCUAGAGAUGUCCAUGCACUCUCCAGAUGCUCUGUUGAACACCUGGGGCAAGCUGUGGGCCUCUCCGUUCCUCCCAAGAGAGGGAGGAAAAUCAGGUGUGCAAAGCAUCACAGACACACAACCCCGUCCCCCACAAGAAAUGGAGACCCCCUCUCACAACACCUGUCACUAGGGCCAGAUUCGCACCCUGCAUUUAAAGUACUUCAGUACCACUUUAAGCAGCCAUGGCCUCCUCCCAACAAAUCCUGGGAGCUGUGGUUCGUUGUGGGUGCUGAGAGAUUUUAGGAGACACCCCCCCUCCCCAAAAUAUAGGAGCUAUAGGUCCCAGAGUGGUUUAGGAAUCAGUCCCUCUUCCCUGGGAACUCUGGGAAUUGUAGUCCUGUGAGAGGAAAUAGAAGACUUCUAGCAACUCUCGGGACUCUUAGCAAAACUACAUCUCCCAGAAGUCUUUGGGGGAAGCCAUGACUGUAUCGUCGUGGUAUAUGGCGCUUUGAAAUGCACGGUGUUUGCCUGGCCCUGGGCAGGACAAAUGAACUGUGAGCAAACAGGUUUCGCGAAGAACCUUCCCCUCUAGGAGCGAGGGAGGCAGUGAGCACCAGACUCGUGCGCCUGCGUUUUUAGGAAAAGGAACCCUAUUUAUUUAAUGUGCAAUUUAGAGAAAGGAAAUUAAAAAGCCUUGCUGCAGCCUUUCACUUUUUAAAGCAGCGAUCUUGAAACAAUCUUCUAAGUGCUAAGAAACGUAGCACCUUGGCGUUCGCCCGGUGCCUUGGUGGUCUCUGGAGAGAAAGGGGAGCAGGCAGAGCGAUGACCCUCGUCUCUCGUCAAAACUGCAGCGUCAACGUCGGGGCCCCGCCGGCCUUUUACGGCCACGGAAACCUCCUAACUUGGCCCAGCGCAGACUCCAGGAGGCAGCUGUUACAAGUGCCCUACAGAUUUGUAGAUGACUUUUUUCUUUUUUUAUUAUGAAAAAUAGCUUUAUGUACAGGCUGGCUUGUUUAAGGGGGGGGGGGAGGGAAAUAUAUUUUAUAUUUUAGGGUCUUUUGCCCGAAAAUGUUACGUUUACAAUGUGUACAAUUUCCUCUCUUUUUUUGUACUCUGGUUUGGUUAAUAAAAAUGCCAUGGUCACCCGU